GUUGAAUUCAAAUUUGUUUAAUCCAGUGAACCUCGUUAUUAAGAAAAGCCCGGCCCAUAGUGAAAAAUAUCUAUCUCUUCCCCUUGUCGCCGUUGGUCUCGUCGCCGGAAUGUAUCUUUCUUCCGGUUGCAGAACCAAGUUUCGACUCUAGACUUCCUUCUCUCCUGAAACACGAGAGAGCUGAAAUGAAGAGAAAAUGUAGGAUUUGGUUGCCUAAACAGCUCGCAUCAACUGAUGAUUUGAGUCACAGUCUAUUGUUUGGGUGGUUCGUUUGCCAUUCCUCUUCUUGUCUUGACGUUGUUGUGUCCUUCAUCUCUGAUGAGAGCUCCUUGUCCAAUGCCGGAUCUAAGCUCCAAGAUGUACUCCGUGAAACAAAUGAGAAGAUGCCCUCAACUUUACGGGACAAGGCAGCAUUUACACUCCUUGGUCGUUAUGAUAUAAGCCGUAAUGCUAAUGGAAACGUAUCAAAGAUUAUAAGAGACAAAGAUAUGUCCCGCAAGGCUGGAGCUUAUGUUAGGCCUUGCAAAUAUAGUGGCCUCAGUUGUGGUUGUCAUAAGGUUGAUGGCUUAUUAGAGGAUUUCAGGAAAGAUUCUGUGAGAAAUUACUGGAUUCAUAUGGUGCAUGAUUCUGCAGAGCAUAGAAUUAUGGAAUUCCAUUCAAGUUCUAGAUUGCAUCAUAUACACUGGAAUGGGGAUAUUGUAUCUCAAUGCGAUGUCCACGUAUGUCAUAGUCUAUGACACUCCAGUGUUUGGUUCUCACCAUUUCUCGUUAAGCUUUUCGAAUUCUUCUCCUCAGACAAAAGCUCCUCUUAAGAAACCCAAGUGGGUUGAUGAUCUUCACAAUAGGAAACCUCUGAAUGAAAUGGAAACUGUUAUUCUUUCCUUAAAUUGCGCCGCAGCUGCCAAGAUUGCCUAUAAGAAGAUAUCCACGCAGCUGGAGACUUCUUCCCAGAACUUUUCCAUUAGUUACUUGAUAUCUUCUUUAACAUGGCGGUUACUCGCCACAAUUUUAGGCUCUUUAUCAAGUCUGUAUUAUAGCCUUGCCCAAUUCUUCUAUUUACUUUCAAGUUUUCUGAUUUUUUCAUGGGUGCACAUCGCAUCGAGGAGGGUACUCAAGAAUACAUGGAUCAACUUCAGGAUACGUAGUUGUCAGAUCUUAUAUUGGCCAAUCUUCCUUGAAGAGAUUGACAUGAUGUCCAUAUCCUGUGUGAAACAUGCAGAGGAAGCUGCACUGCAAAGACAUUCUACAUGGUCGGCCAUGGCUGUUGAUCUUGUUUUGGGGAACUUGAUUGGUCUAGGUCUACUGUUUAACACCGAAUCUGUCUGCUCAUUUGUAUUCGACUUUGCAAAGGAGUUUACGAAUGGUAUUUUGCGGUCUGGUAGUGUGUGGUUGAUGGGAGUUCCAGCGGGUUUUAAGUUAAAUACAGAAUUGGCUGGAGUUUUGGGCAUGGUAUCUCUUAAUGUAAUACAGAUAUGGUCUACUCUCUGGGUCUUCAUGGCUUCUUUCAUCUUUUGUUUGAUAAGAGUAAUUGCCAUCCUUGGAAUUACUUUUGGUGCCACAGUAUCUGCCGCAUUUGUCAUAGAUGUCAUUACUUUUGCAACACUUCAUAUAAUGGCUCUUCACUGGGCAAUCACACUUGUGUAUUCUCACCAAAUCCAAGCCUUAGCAGCUUUGUGGAGGCUUUUCAGAGGGCGAAAAUUGAAUCCUCUACGUCAAAGAAUGGACAGCUAUGGUUACACUGUGAAGCAACAUGUAGUGGGAUCUCUUCUGUUCACUCCUCUUCUGCUUCUCUUGCCAACAACAUCAGUUUUCUACAUCUUUUUCACCAUUACGAGCACUACAAUAAACUCCAUAUGUAUGUUGAUUGAAUUUGCCAUCUCCGUCAUCCAUGCAACACCAUAUGCAGAGGUUAUGAUUUGGCUUGUUAGGCGUAAAAGAUUCCCCUGUGGUGUUUGGUUUGAAAUGGAACACUGUGGAGAGCAUAUCCUUAAAUCCAAUGAUGCCUUCGAAGACUCCAAAAGUCUACUAGAAGAACACGGUACUCCUGAGAAGAAUUCUCUAAUGGUUUCCAAUCUUCGCAGCAAUUUUCUAACCUUAGGUAAACUUGUAGAUUGUUCCAAGUCUAAUGACAAGUUAAUCUAGAUGAUCUGUUAUGCUUUUGUUUGGUAUUCAAUUUUUGCUGACAUUUAUAUUGAACAAAUUGCAGGACAGAUUCUUUUGCCUCACUAUAAAACAAUUUUUUCAGGAAUAUCAGCUUCUUCUCUGACAACAUCAGCUCGCGGAGUCCUCAGUGGGAAGAGAAUGCCAUCAAAACUGGGGCUUGAUCUUCCUCCUCCGAGGCCAUGGCUCCACAUGCCAUUGAGACAGUACUGGAUGCUAUGCCAUAAUUCCAUCAGCUCAUGUGGCAAAUGAUGACUUCUCCAGCUGAUCUCUUAGCGUUUUAAUUUAACUCCACAAGACAAUGAGAUAACUAGGGGAGUAAGGGGUGAGAAUCGUUAACAUUGGAAAACAUGGAUUCCUUUUUCAAUAUUUGUGGCCCUUUUUACUUGAUUUGUUCAUCAGCCUUGUCUCUGGUUUAACUAUGUAAAAAUCUUUUGAUUUGAUCUAUGAAAAACAAAUUAUAUGAAAUUAAU